AUAGAAAAUAAUAUUUAACGCGUCAAUUUAAUUUGCAGAUUAGAGCUCAUGAUAAAACAACAAACUUCCAUGUACUUGAAAAAGUUACUUGCUUCGAAGAUUUGCGUUUGGCAAUGAUAACUAUUUCUUCUUUAAACUUGUGUAAAAAAUCCUGGCACGGCUUUUGCAAAAAUGGUUUUUUCGUACGCAAAGCCCACUCAUGCAGUGAGGUUUGUAAAGAUUGUGGUAUUAAAAUGCAAAAAGAAAAGAAAAAUGAGCAACGUAGGAAAAUUCGACUGGAAAAAAAGAUGAAUAGAAAAAAAAAGUUGUGCGUAAUAUUAAAAAUAAAUAUAGUCGCUGUUUAAAAAAGCUAAAAAUAUUUACUACUUAAAUAGAUAGUUCUUAUUUGAAAACGAAAUGCAUAACCUUUAUUUUUAUUUUAGAUUCAGUCCCUUGAGGAGCAUAUAGAAGAUUUAAUGGAACGCUGUUCAAAGCAAAAUGAAGAAACAAUAACUAUUGCAAUUAAAGAUUUACCUCUGCAAAUGCAGGAGGUUGUGAGGCAUAUACAUACGUAUGGGAAAGAAAAAGAUAAAAGGGGAAUGAGAUAUAGCAAAAAGUGGGUUUUUGGAAUGCCUUUUGUUAAGUAUAAAAAGUAGGAAAGCGUAUCUUCAUUUGCGGAGUCAUAACAUUCUUCCUUUACCGACAUUAAGUACCUUAAGGAAAUAUUUAAAAAAUAUGAAACCACAAUAUGGGUUUGAUCCAAUGGUUUUCAAAAUGCUAAAGAAAAAAGGCGAGGCUAUGAAGCCGGAAGAUAGAAGAGGGGUUUUAGUUUUAGACGAGAUGUCUAUAAGUGAAGGGGUGAAUUUUGACACAGAAAAGUUGUCGGUAAUGGGGUUUACCGAUUUAGGAGAUUACACCCCUGAUCAUCAAAAAACAGAGCGUGCUGAUCACGCACUUAUUUUAAUAUUCCAACCUUUUCGGGGCAAGUGGGUGCAAAAUAUUGCAGCAUUCUUAAGCAAAGGUGCUGCAAAUGGCGAAGUACUAAGUCAUCUCGUUACCGAAUGCAUUUGUUUAUUAGAAAAUGUGGGUUUCAACGUAGACGUAGUAACAGCUGACGGUGGUCAAUGGAACAGGGGAAUGUGGAAACGCUUUGGUUUGAAAGACUUAGAUGCUAGUUGUGUUCACCCUUGCUCAAACGAUAACGAAAUAACUACUACCAACUCGCGACGUCUGUGGUUCUGCAGCGAUUUUUCGCAUCUUAUAAAAAAUUUUAGAAAUUUUAUUAUGUCUAAAGAAGCAAUAAUGGUAGUAUCGUAUCAUUAUUUUUAUUGUAGAAUGCAUGUAUAAUGUUAUGUUGUUUUUCAGACUCCAGAUGGUGUAAUAAAAAAAAUCAUUUUCGGGCCGUAAUUCGAUGUGAUGGAGGGGCAAAAAGUUUAGGAUUGAAAAUUGCUCAUAAAUUGACUCCGGAUCAUAUUGAUCCUAAAUUUUUUCAGAAAAUGCAUGUCAACAAAGCUUUUGAUGUAUGUUAUAAUUUUAAAUUUCGUAUAUUAAGUCACAAAUUCUGAAAUUGCAAGUUACAAAAAUUAAUUUUUAAUGAUUUGAGGAAUUGUAAUACUAAAAUUUCUUUUGACUGCAAUGAAACAAAAAUUAUAUUUUUAGGUCUUUUCUACAAACGUAACUACGGCUAUGGACAUUUAUAGGAAAAACGGAGAAAAAGAUUUGCAGGAUUCUGAACCGACCAUACGAUUUCUGGAUCGCAUUGGAGCUCUUAUAGUUGCAAUGACAUCAAGAAGCUCAUUAAACGCAUUGAAGAGCAACAAUACAUUUUAUCAUGAAAUCGUCAACUGCCGAGAAUACAUCGAGAAGUGGAAAAAGUUAUCAAACGAAAAUAAUUUUGUUUUUUUAUCGGAUAAUACUUACACAGGAUUUAUAGUAACCUUAACCCCUUGACUGUGGAUGACGUGUAUACACGUCAUGAAAAAAACUGGCCCAAACAGUGGAUGACGUGUA